UCCAAUUGCGCAAUGCAACAAAACUUUAAAAAUAGUGAAGAGGCGCCAACGGGGAAUAUUGGGAGAAGGAAGAAAAAAAGCAGGAGGGAAGGGAAAGGAUGGGAUGGUGAACUCUCUAAGCGUAAUGAGCGACGCAAUAAAAUCAAGACAUUAAAAAUAAAUAGGAGAGAAUUAAAAAUGAGGAAAAUUGGAGAUUGAAAAUAUUUUUGAAAAUAGGUUCUACUAAAAUAAAUUGAAAAUAUAAAGAAGAGAUUAGGGAAAGAGUCAUAAGAAAAAUAUAAAAUUUAAGUGAAAAUAUUUUGAAAACUUUUAAAGGAGAGUUUUAAGCUUUUUCUCGGUACUUAUUUGUUAUCUUCCUCUUAUGCCUAAAAUUUAUAAGUUUGUCAAAGGCAGAUGCCAUCAUUUUACCCCAGCUCGAUGUCUUGUAACCGGCACCGCUAUUAUCCGUUACCUCUAUUUUUAAUAAUUCAUUGUAUUUCUAUAAGAAUGAUUCCCUUUCUUUUAUUUAACAGAUUUAGUGUUUUG